CGGCCCCGGCCCCGGCCCCUCCGAGCCCCGCACCCGGCUCCGGCCUCUGCCCCGGGGGCCCACCCGAGCCCCGCACCGCGAGCCCGGCCCCUCCGGACCCCACCCGAGCCCCGCACCGCGAGCCCGGCCGCUCCGGACCCCACCCGAGCCCCGCCAUGUCCGGGGAAGAGGCAGCGGCGCCCCCGGCCCCCGCCGAGCCGGCCCCCCCGGCGGAGCAGCAGGCGGCGGGCGGCGGGGACGCGCCCCCGGCGGAGCCCCAGUACCGGGCCCUGGUGCUCUCGGGCUUCGGCGGCUACGAGAAGGUGAAGGUGCAGGUGCGGCGGGGCGAGCCCAGCCCGCGGCCCGGGGAGCUCGCCGUGCGGGUCCGAGCCUGCGGCCUCAACUUCGCCGACCUGCUGGCCCGGCAGGGGCUCUACGAGCGGCUGCCGCCGCCGCCCGUCUCCCCGGGCAUGGAGUGCGCGGGCACCGUGCUGGCGCUGGGCGAGGGGGUCACCGGCCGCCAGGUUGGUGAUAAGGUGAUGGUGCUGGCCAGAGCAGGGCUCUGGCAGGAAGUCGUGACUGUCUCAGCCAAUCAGACUUACCUGAUGCCUGACGGAAUGAGCUUCGAGGAAGCAGCCGCCUUUCUGGUCAACUACAUCACGGCGUACAUGAUCCUCUUUGACUUUGGGAACUUGAGACCCAAUCAGAGCAUCCUCAUCCACAUGGCUGCCGGGGGGGUGGGAACGGCUGCCAUUCAGCUCUGCAAGACGGUGGAGAACGUCACCAUCUUUGGCACUGCCUCUGCCUGCAAGCAUGACGCCCUCCGGGAAAGCGGGGUCGCUCACCCCAUUGACUACAGGAGUAUGGAUUACGUGGAGGAAGUCCGGAAAAUCUCCCCCAAAGGAGUCGACAUUGUCUUGGAUCCACUGGGAGGAUCGGACACAUCCAAAGCAUUCAAUCUCCUGAAGCCAAUGGGCAAACUCAUAACCUAUGGUGUGGCCAACCUGCUCACUGGGCAGAAGAAGAACCUGAUGGCCAUGGCGAAGACAUGGUGGAACCAAUUUAGUAUCAACGCUCAGCAGCUCCUGCACCUCAACAAGGCCAUGUGCGGCUACCACCUGGGUUACAUGGAUGAAGAAUUUGAGCUCAUUGGGGGUGUUGUGGCCAAGCUGGUUAGCCUGUACAAUCAGGGCAAAAUCAAACCCAAAAUAGACUCCGUAUGGCCCUUUGAGCAGGUGGCUGAUGCCAUGAGGCAGAUGCAGGAGAAGAAGAACAUUGGGAAAGUCAUCCUUGUUCCUGAACUGCUGAAGGAAGAACCCAAAAAAGAGGAAAACUAAAGCAAGGAGACCUGUCUGCAGGUUGUGAAUUUGUGGUUUAACUCCUAACCCUUUUGGGAUCUGGGAAUGGACGGCUCAGUCCCUGCCAUCUUCCUCAUUAAGGGAAUGAUACAUUUUUAAAGCCAGUUCUAGGACUGUGAGCACCUUGGGUUGUGAAUCAUAGGCACCUGCCAUAGCCAGCCUCUCCCAGGUGUGAUUGUGUAAUAUUGAAUGUGACGCCUCCAGCCUUAGCCCUGCUUUUCUCACCUGGUUGUUAUAUUUCCUUUCCCAAAUUCCAAACCAAGUUCUUUUUCUCUGGCAACACCUCUCUGGCCUCCAAGCAGUCAGUGACUAAUGGCUGCGUAGUAUGUUGCUGCAAAGUGUAAACGCAAAUUAUUAUGGCAACCAUUGACUGUCUCCAUAGAAACCGAGCCCUUUUUGCAGUCUUAAGAUGCACGUUCAACAGACGAAUGUGCCAAGCCAGAGAUGCUUGUCAAUGAAAUUGCUGUGGGAAAAUAACAUCAGACCUUGCAUUGUUCUGUUGUGCUGGUUAUUUCUUUGCCAUUAUUCCUGCUGUCACAACACUUCCCUUCCUCCUCCCCCUCCUCUUCCCCACCCCCCCACCCCCAAUCAGCUGGUAAAAGGCCAGUUUUUCUAAGCCCAGCUUAGUAUCUUACAUGCUGGUCACGCUGUAGCUUUUUAAUUUGCUGUUCCUUCUCUGUGCACGCUGCAUGUAACCUGAGGAGGAGUUAGGCUGGUGCUAUAUGAAUACUAAAGAGAAAUUUCAAUUCAACAAUUUGCUCUCGUCCAUUUUCUGGUCCCAAACCGUUAGGGAAAGUCUAAACCAAUUCUGUGGUCAAGGCUGGGUCUGGAGACUGAAAGAACUCAGCUGUGUCUCUGAAAUGACUGACCCAUUUGUGUUGGCUCUAUGUGCUUUGUUAACGUUGGGCUCUGAAUGUCCGUCAGGCUAAACUUCACCCUCGUGUUUGUUACCAAGGGCUGCAAAUGUGAAAAGGUGUCUACAAGACUGGGACAAAACAAGCCUCAUGGUCGGCUUUUGCUUCUGCAGUUGUGUGUGCUCCCUGGAGAGCCAGCGUGUGGUUCUGAGUGAGUCACACACUGUCUGGGCUUAGACCUGUCGAACCCGCUGGUGUGAGGCUCUCGCCUGAUUAGAUCCUGGCUUUUGUUUUGCACUUUCCACUCCAGUUUUAAUUGGCUUUUCAGAUUCUCCCCUUGUCCCAGGCUGUCCCCAUGGCCUCUGCCUGUCCCUAUGGCUGGUUAGCUAGCGCUGAAAGGGGGCUUGCAGCUUGUCUGCUCGAAUCAUGAAGUGCCAGUGUUUUCAGGGUACUUCCUCGUGCUGCUGAGAUGCUGGGAACUGCCCAGUGGGCUCCUCUCCCAGGAAGAAAACUGGGCUUGCCCAUGCCAGGCAUGCAGGAAAAGCUGUGGGUGGGAACCUGAGCAGUUCAGUCUGUGAGCAUCUAAACUUGUCCUUGUCUAAUGUCCCGACUGGCGCUGCUCCUUCCAGCGGCGCUCGGUCUCCUGCUGCAUUCCCAGGACUUGGCGCUUGUGUUGCUAUUUGCACUUGCUGUAGCAAUGCAGGUUUGGUCCUGCUGGGUGGCGGAUGGUGCAGUAGCUCAGGCUUUGCUUGUAUUUUGGAUUUGGUAACUGAAGGGACCAAGCCCCCACCCACCCACAUUUUGUAAAGUGCCAUAGCAGAAGCAAAAUGCUGCUCUUAAAUAAGAGCAAACAUGGAUCUCCUGGGCUGUGAACAUCCCCUCCUGCUGGGUCCCUCCCCCCCCAUUAAAGAAAACCUGGUCCAGCAUCAGCAUGAGGACUUUAUUGUGCAGGGAAAAGGAAGGCGACGGCCUGUGUUAGCUGCAACCACCCCAGGAGGCCUAAGUGGUGCUUCACUAAGGCUUGGGCUACACUUGGAACUAACGUCGGUGGAACUACAUCGCUCAGCCAUGCAGUUUUAUCGACCUAGCUCCCAGAGUAGAUAACGUUGCUCCCAGCGACACGGCCACUGUCUCUCGGGGGGCACGGUCCAUACACCGACAGGACAAGCCUUCCUCUUGGCGCAGGCAGCUUCUUCACUGUUGCGCUACAGUGGGGCAGCUGCAUUAUCUCAUCAGCACAGCCUGGGUUUCAGUUCCCAGCUCUCUUACCCUGUUGUGCUGCAUGAGGCCUGGAAUCUGGAGGAUUCACUUCAGGUAUAAAAUGGUGCCCCACGUUUAGGACUUCAGAAAGGGAACCACGAUUGGGUUCAGACCCUCUUCUGUCUUCGUUCCUUCCAUUCACAACACGGGAGUUGACUCCCCCGAUGUGAUGCAGCGGAGCUCACAAGCACAACUUUUUUCUAACCUUUUCUAAAUACAAACUCUCCUCGCUGGGUUUUUCCCCUCUCAGAACUGCUCCUGCCCAGUGAAUUAGAUUUUACUUUCCAGUAUUUCAUGCCAUUUCACUGCAGGUUUAUAAAAACAGUUCAGACACUUGUUUGCGCUAAAAGGAAAAGCCCAAGACCUACUCUUGUCCAAAUCUUGGCUUCACCUUGAGACAGGAGGAGUCUGGACAAACUGCACCGCAAAGCUUCAGGUUCUCUAGAGUCUUUGAAAGGGGGAAAAUGAUCCCACUGUCCUCCUUUCCUUGGCUCUACUCUGCCAGCUGAGAGCAUCUGGUGCCUUAUUCCGGACAGCCCUAUCCUGGGCACUAUCGCAAGGCUUUUGUAGUCUAGUCCCCCUUUUGAUACAGCGUGAAGGAAGCAAAUGAGAAUAUCUUGUAUCUUCCUGUAGGACAACUCUGACGUAUGCUGCAUUUCAUAGAAAACAGUAUCUCAGUGCCUUUUCUAGACCACUUGUAAGACUAGCAAGUCACUGAAGCCUUUGCCAUACUGGCCUCUUAAAACACUGCCAAAAAUCUAGUGUGCUGCAUAAUAGAUAUGGCUUGUGGUACACAAGCGACCUAGCUCUGCUUACCCUCCACCUUGAUAUACUCCUCGUACACGUGUGUUUUAUGGACUCUCCAGGCUGAUCCCUGGAAGCUCCUGCUCCAGAGCCUAAGCAGCAGCGCCUGCUGUAAGGCAAUGCCUCACCCAAGUUGGCUGCAUUUGGAUGUGGCCAAAGGUAAAGUCAGCCUGCCAGUGAGAGUCCGUAUCUCUAGGCCUGUCCUCUUGCAAAGGUUUGCUGGUAGUGGCCUCUCCUGGGGCUGAGGACAUUGAGGAUUUGUCGCCAUUGCGGAGAUUCUCUGGAAUUUCUUUUCUCUUUGUUUGCAAUGUGUAGUUGAUGGUGAAUUUUCUACCUAUAAACUUCUGAUGCCCUUUUCAGUCUGACUUCUGAAUCCUUCUGAGCAAUUAGGUAGUCCAUGAUAAGAAAUUUAGCAUUGGACCUGCACCGCAGUAGCUGCGUUUUCUACGGAAGAUUAAGUGUAACCUUGCGCUUUACUGCCUCACUGACUAAUGCUCUGUUCUAGAUUUUUAUAGUAGCCUUUAUUUUCCCUGGCGUUUUAGGGCCCAGUAAGUAUUAAACCUACUGAUUUGUCAGUCUUAAUACAACUUUAUUACCAGUGUCUCAAACAACUUGUUAAACAGCGAAUUGUUCUAGCAAGGACCAAAGCACAAUGUCAUUCCACUCCAGAAGAUGUCUGAUUAGAAGGAAGCAUGCUGAACAGUUGAGGGCACAGCUGGUGUCAUCCAGGGAACAGAGUGCCAUGUUGCCUCUUAAAUUGUGUAUUGUUCCAAAAUAACUGAAGUGCAGCUUAAUGUUCAUUUUGCUAAUUGAUCAUUUUGACUCAAAUCUUGUGCCAAGGGGGCAAAAUGGCUGAAGAGCAAAAGUUUGUGUCGUGAUGCUAUGAGCACUAGCUAAAAGUUUGUGUUCCCUGCACUCUCUCCUGCUCCAGUUUGCAGGGUGUUCUGCCUUUGGUAUGUAUGUGUAGAUUGUGAAAUCCAGUGGUAUCUGUCUAAGUGUGACCUGAGCAUCAUUGCUGUAUCUGUAACCAAAACUGCCAGUCCAGGAAGGGGCCCUUAAACACAACUUUACGUACUUUGCCAUCCCCAGGCAGCUUUAGAACUAAAAAGCUUGUUUAGUUUAAUAAGAAACUUAUUUAAAGUUACAAUUGUUUCUUGCACCUGGAAGAUGGGAGUGGAGCUCGGCUUGCACAAACAUAAGCCCUGUUGAGAACUGUAGCUACACCAAGACAGUAUUUGAGAGAUGGGGAAAGGUCCUACAGACACCAGGGAAAGGAGUUUAGCUGUAUGUUUAGUUACAAACCAGCUGUGUGAAGUAGAGUUGUGGGCAUCAGACUUCAACCAAUGCAGGAAUCUGACCCAUCUGCAGCUGCUGUCAGAGGUAUAAGACCACUCCUGUUGCCAAAUGAAGUCUUUGAUGCCCCAAGCGCUGGAGAUGGCAAAGGGUGAUGGGCAGGUAGUGUAUGAGCACGGUGUGAGAAUGUGUUGCUCUUGGAGACUCUUACGACACAUGGCAGUGUCUGUACCGUCCAGCUGAUUUGCGGAGAUGUGAUACCAGUGGCUGUUGUCCUACAGCACGGCGUCUUUAAAAAUAAUUAUAUUCCGCUUUGUGCGUGUAACCAAGUUGAACAGAAAGCGAUUGUGCCAAUGCUGUUUACAUGACUACAAUGUGUAAUGCUCUUCUGCCUAACGUUGCCGUAUGCCUUAUGUGUUUCAAAUGUUAAUUAAAAGCAUAACAAAA